GCGUUUCGGCGCCAUUUCAUUGCGGCGUUGCUCAGUGGUGACUCGGUGGAAGUGCACAGUAAACAGAGGUGGAUAUACUGGACUAUAACAACACCCCCGGCUUCAGCCCGAUGGAAGCGGCCGUCAACCAUUCUCACGACAGCUCUUUAGUCGGGUUGACCAGCGGCGGGAUGGACCAACACACAAGCACAGGCAAACGGAUCCGUAAGCCCUCCCUGCUGUACGAAGACUUCGAGAGCCCCUCUCUGCCACACUCAAUGCCCCAUGGUCCUCCCCCUCCACCCCAACCCCCAGUGAAGGAUCCCAACCGACAGGGCCGCAUGACCAACCAGCUGCAGUAUCUCCAGAAGACGCUGAUGAAGUCUCUGUGGAGGCACAACUUUGCCUGGCCCUUUCAUGAGCCUGUGGACGCCUACAGGCUGAACCUGCCGGAUUACCAUAAAAUUAUCAAACAACCCAUGGACAUGGGGACUAUCAAAAAGCGUCUGGAGAACAACUUCUACCGCAGUGCAAGUGAGUGCAUACAGGACUUCAAUACAAUGUUCACCAACUGCUACAUCUACAACAAGCCGACAGAUGACAUAGUGCUAAUGGCCCAGUCCCUGGAGAAGAUCUUUCUCCAAAAGGUGGCCCAGAUGCCUCAGGAUGAAGUCGAACUGCCUCCGCCUACACCUCGAAGCAAAACCAACCGAGGACGGGGGCGCAAGUCCAGUGCAUCAAGGGCUCAGCAGGUACCAGCUGUCUCCCAGUCGGCGUACUCUCCCUCUUCUUCAGACACUGGGGAGUCCAUGUUGGCCAACUCCCCCCAGACUGUGCUCACUAAAAGCCUACCUCCAGCCAACAUCAUGGGUUUACCUCCAACGCAACCUACCACCAAGAAAAAAGGUGUGAAACGCAAAGCGGACACCACUACCCCGUCCACCAUGGGCUUGACCGUGGGCAUGUCAGGGCCAACACACAUGGUCGGCCUGGGAAAGGGCGGACACGGCGGCCAGGUCCAUGACUCCUCUAUGCAUACAGUCUCCUCCAUGGGGGGCAUGGGCUUGGACACACCCCCUGGAAUGGGCCUGGUCAGGAGCCCUGGGGGUCCGGUCCUGCUGCAACCCAUGAUGGCCAGCGCGGGACGCAGGGUGGGCAGUGGACGUCCCAUCAAACCCCCCAAGAAGGACUUGCCAGACUCUAUCCAGCCUCAGCCCUCAAGGAAGAGCAAGUUGAGCCCCCAGCUGAGGUACUGCAGUGGACUACUCAAAGACAUGUUGUCAAAGAAACACGCUGCAUACGCCUGGCCUUUCUACACUGUGGACGCAGCAGCACUGGGACUUCACGACUACCACGACAUCAUCAAGUGUCCCAUGGACCUCAGCACCAUCAAGGGGAAGAUGGACUGUCGAGAAUACAGGGAUGCUCAGCAGUUCGCCAGCGACGUCAGACUCAUGUUCUCCAACUGUUACAAGUACAACCCACCUGACCAUGAUGUUGUAGGAAUGGCACGGAAGUUACAGGAUGUGUUUGAGUUUCGUUUUGCUAAAAUGCCGGAUGAGCCCCAUAUGGAACACACCGCCAUGUCAAUGAGUGGUCACCCAUCAUCUUCUUCCUCAUCUUCCUCCUCCUCCUCGUCUUCAUCUUCCUCCACUUCUGAGAGUGAACCCAGCAGUGAAAGUGAAGACAGCGAGAGCAGCCCAAGCUCCGACAGCGAGGAGGAGCGAGCGCAUCGAUUGGCCGAGUUACAGGACCAGGUCUGCACUCAGCUCCGAGCCGUGCAUGAGCAGUUGGCUGCCCUCUCCCAGGGGCCCAUGGUGAAGCCCAAGAAGAAGAAGGAGAAGAAGGACAAAAAGGAAAAGAAGAAAAAGAAGAAACUGGACAAGCGCAACAAAGCUGUCCGAAGCCGAGCCGGCUCAGAGGAGUGGAAGAUGCCCGGCAAAAUACUGAAGAGCAAAUCUGCCCGAGCAGGAGGCUCCCAGCCCAAGAAGAGCCAAGGGAAGAAGAGUAACAAGAACAGCAAGGCAACAAAGAAGCCGUUCUACCCCCCGCUGGCUCCCACUAUGCUGCCACACUACGACUCCGAGGAGGAGGAGGAGAUCGUACCGAUGUCGUACGAUGAGAAGCGCCAGCUGAGCCUCGACAUCAACAAACUCCCAGGGGAGAAGCUGGGCCGAGUGGUCCACAUUAUCCAGUCCAGGGAGCCCUCACUGAGAGACACCAACCCCGAGGAAAUCGAGAUUGACUUUGAAACUCUGAAGCCAUCGACACUGAAGGAGCUGGAGAGCUACGUCAUGACAUGUCUGAGGAAGAAGCCCCGGAAGCCCUACGGUGAACCAGCAGGUAAAAAUACCAGUGUUGGGAAGUCUAAAGAGGAGCUUACUCUGGAGAAGAGGAAGGAGCUGGAGAGGAGGCUGCAAGAUGUCAGUGGUCAGCUCAACUCUGUCAAGAAACCUCCCAAAAACAAAGUGGAGAAGCCCAGCGCCGUAGAGACUCACGCUCAGCCGUCACGACUCAGCGGCAGCAGCUCCAGCUCCGACUCUUCCUCCUCCUCAUCUUCAUCGUCAUCCUCAGACACCAGUGACUCAGACUCUGGUUGAGAUCGUCAGCGCUGAGCUUGGAGAGAAAAUCCUAACACUAACUCAGGGACCUGGGCUGGCCCAGGACACAAAGCACCCUGAAACAAGAAGUGGGCUCAGAUAUUUCAUACCACAGUGGGAAAAACACACACUCCUAAGUGGACUAUUGUUCAGAAAAUGUUUGAAUGUGGGGAUGUAGGGAAGAAGUCUCUGCGGGUAAUGGUCGAACCCAAACACUAAAUGCCUUGGUUUCUCCUUUUCCCAUUUGUAAAUAUUUGUACAAAUUUAAGUUUCUUUUAUAAAGAAGAAUUUUAUGGUGAUCCCCUGAGGAGGGAAGUGGAGUAAUAAAAGGAUGUGGAGACGGGCUUUACUCCGAUCGGCUUUGGCUGGCCUUACGCUGAGGGAACGCAGAGGGUUAUUUAUUUGUUCUCUUUACCCCCAUUUCCUCUGGAAUUUGAACCAGCAACUUUUAUGGGUCAACCUGCUCCCUUAACAUCCAGCUGUACCACCAGGCUUUGUUUUAGACCAGCUCUUCUAAUGUCAGCCUUAAUCGACCACAUCGUCACCUAGUGACAAAAGUAUUUCAGAGAACACUACAGUGUUGUGAAGAAUCAGGCAGUAACAUCCCAGGAGACAGAGGAUUCCCUCAGAGACUCUGCUGAGAGCAGAAGAAUUUAGUCAUGCCUGUUACCGUCUUAAACUAGUGCAUUACAGUCACUAAAGAAAAACAAAAUAGACACUUUAUCUUAUCAUAACAUCAGGAUCUUGUAAUUAUUCCAGUUAACCUGGUCGUCAGUCGUCUUCACAUUACAUGACAACUAUUAGAAAGAAAAGCUGACUCUGACAUAAAAGUCUUUUGUAAAAUGUAAAGAAUUUUACAUUUUACGUAAAGACUUUAUUACAAAAUAGAAGCACUAAAGUCCAGUAAAAUAAUGUUGUUCUACAAUUCAGCAGAUUUGGACUUUCAGUGUCUUCUAUGUAAAUGUAAAAACAUUAACAAACAUUUUAAUUCCACGUCAGUGACUCAAAAUCUAUGCCAAGUUGUAGAAUUACACUGAACAGACAAGACACAGUUCAUUUUAUUGGAUUUCACUGAUUUUCCUACUUCAUAUCAAUGCUUUUAUCUAAAACCUGCAUUCUUUUCAGUUUUCAUUGGUUCCAUGUUCAGUGACUCUAACUGAUGGCUUGGCUGAACUUUCUCUGUACUUUUGAGCAUAAAAGUGCCAAUUAUUUUCCUAAAAUAUUACUAAUCCAGUAAAAUGACAUGUAUUUUAUUCGGCCACAUUUUAGGCCACGCAUCUGAAUAAAAGAUUCAGAUAUUUAAGAAUUCGUCCAUGUCAUAAGAUCCAAAAAUAAAAGGCCUAAUUUUAGUGGAUUUUAGUGCUGCUUCUAGACUAGAAAUAAUAUUUUCAUGUAAAAAUGAGCAUUUCUUUCAAUAGAUUAAAUUCUGAAGUGACAGCUCGGUUUAACUACAUAUUACAGGAUCAGUCUGUAAAAGAUUUAGUGUCUGAUGCUUUUCUCUGUAGUGAACGUUUUGUGCUUCUGCUCAGAUUGUCACACUGGUACGUUUACAAUAUUCUUACUGUUGAUGGUUCUGUUUUAUUCAUUUACAAGCUGUGCUUCUUGUGUUUUUUUUUUGUUUUGUUUUGUUUUUUGUUUUUUUUUAGGUAGUAGGUGGGUUUGUAGUUCAGUACAAAAAAAAACAACGCAUCAUUACAGUUUAGUGUUCAGAGAAACAUGUUGAGUGACAUGUUUGAGUUGGUUUGAGGUGCAGUAAAUAGAAAACACCCAGCGGCCGUUUUAAAUCCCACCCUGUCUAUGUAACCUAGGACUAAACAGUAGGUCAGUAUUUCGACAUCAUUUCAUACAGUUAACUUUGUUUUGUUCUCAAUUUAAAAGGAGCAGUGACUUGAACACAGGCUGCUGAAUGUUAUUAAAAUAGUCCAGGUCUACUCAUGUUUUCCAGCUUUCAUUGCACUUUGUUUUAGCUCUACACGUUAAACGGUAGCGCUUGAAACCGUAGUUCAAGUUCUUAAAAGAGCUACUUGAAAGACCAGCGUUUUUGUAUGUUUUACACACUUACACUAAAUCUAACCAUGUUUCUUCCUCUGCCUCCAGUGGCAUCUGUACUGAUUUCUACAGAAAACUGGAUUCCGUUGUCAGACUCCUAAAACAUGUUGGUUACACUACUGUUCAGUUGUGAUGCACUGCAGUCUGCUUUUAUGUUGCAUUAACACGACAACAACACAGUAACUUAAUAAAAUAAUGCAGAGUUGAUAAUGAAUAGGACACCAGCAGCUAUGUGGAAUUGUAAGAAAAAAAUCUAA